AUGAUUGACAAUGCGCUCGAGUGGCUAAAAGAGGUCGAAAGAAUUUCAACAUUGGCAAACUGGACUGAUGAACUCAAAUUGACUAAUACUAUCUCACGUCUCGCUGGAUCUGCUAGAAAUUGGCAAUUAACUCAAGGUAACUGUUACAAUAAUUGGAUAGAAUGGAAAGUUGCCCUUACAUCAAGAUUUAAAAGACGUAUUACUAUGCAAGGAUUUUUAGCUUAUCAAGCUGAUCGGAAACUAAAAAGGAACGAAAGCUUGGUUGAUUACAUAUAUGCCAAAGACGCUCUCUUGGAAAAAGCUCCUUUUACUAUCCCACAGCCAGAUCGAAUUUCAAUGAUCAUUGGUGACAUCACUGAAGAAAAAUGGCAGAUUGCCUUAGCUACACAGAACUCUAAUACUGUCGAAGAGUUAAUUGACAGAGCAAUGGAACUUGAUGCAAUUCGAAACAUGCAGUACGAAUAUAAAUCACGCCAGCCUUACGGAUCACCCCCAUCACCGAAAAUUACACCAAUAUCUUCUAAUCCGUAUAAUGAACAACUUCGCAAGUAUAACCCUGAAACCGAUGAUCUUCGCGAUAUCAUCUGUUGGAGAUGUGGAACCAGAGGUCACGCAUCGUUCAUGUGCAGUUUACCGCCUCCUCAAAAAGGUUCACCAAUUGCUCGCCCAAAAAAUUCACCGAGUCGUUUUGAAGAAAUUCAGAACCGUCAAACGAACGAUUCUUCUCAGCAUAUCGAAAACACAACUAAUCCCAAUAAUUCGUCACCACUUGGCGUUACAGGCCCAAAGUUUACAGAUUUACGUCGCAAUACUAAACGAAAUUCAGCAACACGACCAGAGCCUAAAAGAGCAAAUGACUCUAACUCUAUAAACUGCAUUAAGACCGAUAUAAAAAACGUGCCUUAA